UGGUGCAUGGCAGCUCAAGGGCCUGUCAGCCAUGGAGGUGCCAGUCGGGUGCAGGGGCAACAGUCACCACAGAGAAAGUGCAUCAUGCCAAAACUGCAAAACCUCAAGCUCAACCAGAAAGGAGGAAACCAAAAACCGGCAUAUUAAUGUUAAACAUGGGGGGCCCUGAAACCCUUGGAGAAGUUCAAGACUUCCUUCAAAGACUCUUCUUGGACCGAGACCUCAUGACACUUCCCAUUCAAAAUAAGCUGGCACCAUUCAUUGCCAAACGCCGAACCCCCAAAAUUCAAGAACAGUAUCGCAGGAUUGGAGGUGGAUCCCCCAUCAAGAUGUGGACUUCCAAGCAAGGAGAAGGCAUGGUGAAGUUGCUGGAUGAGCUGUCCCCUGACACAGCACCUCACAAAUACUAUAUUGGAUUCCGGUACGUCCAUCCUUUGACAGAAGAAGCAAUUGAAGAGAUGGAGAGGGAUGGCCUAGAAAGGGCCAUUGCUUUCACACAGUAUCCACAGUAUAGCUGCUCCACUACUGGCAGCAGCUUAAAUGCCAUUUACAGAUACUAUAACGAGAUGGGACGGAAGCCCACCAUGAAGUGGAGCACAAUUGACAGGUGGCCCACACAUCCCCUCCUCAUCCAGUGCUUUGCAGAUCACAUUCUGAAAGAACUGGACCAUUUUCCGAGGGAGAAGAGAAGCGAGGUGGUCAUUCUGUUUUCCGCCCACUCCCUGCCAAUGUCCGUUGUCAACAGAGGAGAUCCCUAUCCCCAGGAAGUAGGUGCUACUGUCCACAAAGUCAUGGAAGAGCUAGGUUACCCCAACCCCUACCGACUGGUUUGGCAGUCCAAGGUUGGCCCAGUACCGUGGUUGGGUCCUCAAACAGAUGAGGCUAUCAAAGGGCUUUGUGAGAGGGGGAGGAAGAAUAUCCUUUUGGUUCCAAUAGCAUUUACCAGUGAUCACAUUGAGACCCUGUAUGAACUGGAUAUUGAAUACUCCCAAGUGUUAGCUGAGAAGUGUGGAGCUGAAAACAUCAGAAGAGCGGAGUCUCUUAAUGGAAAUCCAUUGUUCUCUAAGGCCUUGGCUGAUUUGGUAUACUCACACAUCCAGUCAAACAAGCUGUGCUCCACGCAGUUGACUCUGAGCUGUCCGCUCUGUGUAAAUCCUGUCUGCAGGGAGACUAAAUCCUUCUUCACCAGCCAGCAGCUGUGACCCUGCCUGAGGACCCGUGGGAUUCACAGAUGCACAACCUCCAGACACCUCCAAUGGGGAUGGAAGCCACAUAGCCUGUACAGAGCCUGUGGACACAGAUCAUGAUUUCUUUCUUGCCUUUAUUUUAUUUUACUUUAAUUUUUGCUUUCUUGUGUAGUCCAUGCUGGCCUCCAAUGGGCCUCCUGCUCACAUUUCCUGAAUCACAGACAUGCAAACUUGUGUUUCUUGGGGAAUGGACUCUGAAAUUGUUACUGAGGUUUCUAUUUUCAUACACACAUACAGUGAAUACUCACAACCCUUUCUGGGGUCAAUUUACUCGUGUGAAGUAUCUGCUGUGAAAUUCCAGGAGUGAGUUUUAAGUAUUUAUCUUAUGAGACACACACAGAUUCUGCACUUACUGCCCCAAACAGCCUCCUAAAAUAGUAUUUUGAAUCCCCUCUAUGUGCUACCAGUGGUGAAUGAGAUGUCUACAGCCUCAUUGAUGUGGGUUAAGUGAAUAUAGUUAAUUUAUGAAAUAUAAUUUGUAAAAGAAUUGGGCUGAGGGCAUAGCUUAGUGAUUAUGUGCUGGCCUAGCAUGCAUGAGGCUCCUAGUUUGAUCUCCUUCAGUACAUGUCGAUAUUAUGAUACCUAUUCUUUCCUUAAGUCCAUAGGUACCAGGAUGCUGAUGAGUUGGUGUGGUCAUCUAUCAUUGCUUCUAUUGUCAGUGCGGUCACCGGUCAUUGGUCAUUGUGGUGUCUGUAGAAGAGUCUCAUUUUCCUCCCCUGAACCUGAAACGAGUGCUCAUUUCAAAAGUGCUCUGAGAUUUCCCCAGGCACAUAGCCUGAUAAACAUAUGGAAAUUCAGUCCUUGCUGAAUAUGCCUUAGUUUGAGUCCAUGGUGCCUCAGGGAAGGUGGGGCUCUGUCUGCUUCCUGUUUCCAAGGACAGUGCCACCAGGAAAUACCACUGAUGGAUUUGGUCUCCCUGGGACCAAGGAGGCUCCUAGCAUUGUCCUGCUCUUAGUUGAAUGCCUCUGUUCUCUGCUUACUUGUUGGAAAAUUACUUUAUAAAGUUGACUGUGUCUGGUAACCUUGAAUUUUCUUCAUUAAUAAGUUUUGUUAUGAAAUGAUGUAGUCAUAGAAUAGGCCAUUUGUAAAACACAGAGAAGAGAUAUAACCAGUCUAAUGUAAUAAUUAUCAUUUUAUUCCAGCCCUUUCCUGUGGAUAGUACACACACACACACACACACACACACAGACAGACAGUUUAUAUUGAUUCUUUUAAGAAUUUCAGCAUAUCCCAUCAGAGUCACUUCAUUUCCCUCCUAACAUAUCCCUGCCUGGAUAUGUAAUGAAAAGUUGUUCUAAAAAAUGUAAGAAUUGUGUCAGAACAGAACCUGAUACUCUGAAUUCGAAUUUAAAUGGAUUUUAAAGUCUUUGGGAUCCUCCAAGGAUUUGUAAUAAUCACUUUCUCUGAAACUUUGUUCUUCAAAAAGAAUACUUCUUUGAGCUUUUUUUUUUUAAAUAGAAAAACAGUUCAUAAAGUGGAAGUAAUUAGGAGGAUGCAUAGAUAUUCUAUACUGAGGAUUUACUAUUAAUAAACAUUAUGGCUUUAGUC